AUGGCCGAAGAGUCGCAGAAAUGGGUGCUGAUGGUGACGGCGCAGACGCCCACCAACAUCGCCGUGAUCAAGUACUGGGGGAAGAGGGACGAGACGCUCAUAUUGCCGGUCAAUGACAGCAUCAGCGUGACGCUUGAUCCGGAGCACCUCUGCACCACCACUACUGUCUCCGUCAGUCCCGCCUUUGACCAGGAUCGGAUGUGGCUCAAUGGAAAGGAGAUUUCUCUUUCUGGAGGCAGAUUCCAGAGCUGUUUAAGGGAAAUUCGUAGUCGAGCUACUGAUGUUCAUGAUAAGGAAAAGGGAAUCAAGAUUACUAAGAAGGAUUGGGAGAAAUUGAAUGUACAUAUUGCUUCAUACAACAAUUUUCCUACUGCUGCUGGAUUGGCUUCCUCGGCAGCUGGUUUUGCUUGUCUUGUUUUUGCCCUCGCAAAGUUAAUGAAUGCGAAUGAAGAUCACAGCCAGCUUUCUGCUAUUGCAAGGCGAGGUUCGGGCAGUGCUUGUCGCAGUUUGUAUGGGGGAUUUGUCAAGUGGAUCAUGGGAAAAGAUGAGAAGGGAACCGACAGUCUUGCAGUUCAACUCGCAGACGAGAAGCACUGGGAUGAGCUUGUCAUUGUUAUUGCUGUGGUAAGUUCACAGCAGAAGGAAACAAGUAGCACUACAGGAAUGCGUGAUACUGUUGAAACAAGUUUGCUCUUACAACAUAGAGCGAAGGAAGUGGUACCCAAACGCAUAUUAAAAAUGGAAGAAGCCAUAAAAAAUCGUGAUUUUGCUUCUUUUGCACAACUGGCCUGUACUGACAGUAACCAGUUUCAUGCUGUUUGCCUCGACACAUGUCCGCCCAUAUUCUACAUGAAUGAUACAUCCCACAGGAUAAUCAGCCUUGUUGAAAAGUGGAACUGUGCAGCAGGAACGCCUCAGGUGGCGUAUACAUUUGAUGCGGGGCCGAAUGCGGUUCUAAUCGCACGUAACCGAGAAACAGCUGCCCUUUUGGUUCAGAAGCUGCUAUUCUGCUUUCCUCCAAAAUCUGAUGCAGAUUUGAACAGUUUCGUUCUUGGUGAUAAGUCCAUUCUGAAAGAUGCUGGGGUUGAGAGCCUGGAGGCUAUCGAAAGUUUGCCUGCACCUCCAGAAAUCAAGGAUCCAUCCCAGAGGCAUAGAGGAGAUGUUAGUUACUUUAUCUGCACAAGACCUGGGAGAGGUCCAGUUGUGCUGUCAGAUGAAAGUCAAUUUCUUCUUAACCCUGAAACUGGGUUGCCGAAGACGAUUCAAAUGGCUGUAUGA